CGAGGAGGAGGGUCAUACAGAAAGUUCAGGAGGCACCGUCUCUUAAAGAGAGAGACGUCGGUGGAGAGGACAGUGUCGUGACAAGCUCAAAAGAUGAAGCUGACUGUAGCACAUCUGUUGUGUCUGGCCCUUCUUUUGGGUCAUACGAAUGUUUCAUUGGCCAAGAGAACAGGAGGAUUUGGUGGGAAAAUAAGUCUCUUUAAGAAGACCCCCAAAACAGAUAGUCUGGACAGGAAGCCCAAGGGUGGAACCCUCAAACAACCUAAACAGCCUGAACAGUUCAACCAGGGAGGCCAGCCUCAGCAACCAGGCCGACCAGUGGGUUACCCUAAUCAAGGAGGUUACCCUAAUCAAGGAGGUUACCCUAAUCAGGGAGGUUACCCUAAUCAAGGAGGUUAUCCUAAUCAAGGAGGUUACCCUAAUCAGGGAGGUUACCCUAAUCAAGGAGGUUACCCUAAUCAAGGAAGCUACCCUAAUCAGGGAGGUUACCCUAAUCAGGGAGUCAGACCAGGAUUCCCAGCUGGAGGUUACCCAGCACAGGGCUCCCCAUACGGAGGAGGUUACGGCAGUUAUGGUGGUCAGGGCGGAUAUGGUGGUUAUGGAGGUUAUCUAGGUGGACACAUGAACUACAACCCGAACAACAAAGUCCUGAGCCCUCAAUACGGGGGCAGCUAUGGAUAUGGGGGCCACGGUGCUGGUGGCGGCUCUCCCUUUUCCCACUCGGUUCAGGCAAUGGGCAUGCGUCCCUCUGACAGAUCCAGAGGGUUCGGACGCGGCGCGGUGAUGGCAGCAGCUGGAGGGGCUAUGGCAGGGAUGGCCCUGGGCUACGGGUUAGGGAGGUUCCCCCGUCCUCCCUUCGGCUUCCACAACCCCCAGGAGGAGCAUUACUACAACCACUACAUGUACAGGAGGUAUGGGGCCAAGUCCACCGAUGCCAACGACUACAGCAGAGACUACCGGUACAGCCAGCCCCCUCAAACCUACGACAGCUACAUGGACUCCUGCAUGAAAAGGACCGACCUUCUGCCGGCGGAGAACCCAAAGCCAAAAAACAACCCGGCUGCUGCUACCACAACUACAAUUACAACCACCACAACUACAGGUACUCCUGUAACUAACACAACUACUUCCGCUGCCCCAGACGCUGGCAUCGGCAGCAACACAACAAAGAGCAACGGCACUGCAGCAGAAAACUCCUCGACCACCACACCUUCGACUCCGCGCCCUCUAAAUGAGUCUAAAGCCGACGCAGUGCCUCCAGCUUCACGGGUUCUCAGACAAACUGCUACUGAUGAUGAUGAUGAUGGUGAUACAGUCAGCAUCGCGGAGAUCGGCUACCCGGCACUGAUCGAGCAGGUGAAGGCCAGGAGAUGUGUGGAGCUGUACAUGGUGUACUCUGACAGGUACCUGAAGAAAACGACGGAGCCCAGCCCCACCGGUGGGGUGCAGGGACUGGAGACGGGUUUUGGAUGUCUAAUAGCUGUGAUCACCAGUUCUACACUGAUGCUGCUGAAUAGCAACAUAAUGCUGCUGAGCUGAGUCCUUCAUUAAGUUAAAGUGAUGGAGAGUGUUUGGAAAUGAGGUGUACAAUAAAGAAAGUGUUAAAGAUAUUAAGUACACAGCGGGGCUCUAUGGAUGAAAGUGGCAGUUGGAUGAAUCCCAAUAACAUGAGGCCAAUUUGUUUUGAUUUAGAGAAACACAUCUUGAUGAGCUUUGGGUAGAUUCCCAUGAUGAAUCGUAAGAACUUUGGUGAUCUCCAGACUCAUCUGAACUUGCAAAUUUUAGCAUGGAAACACACUCAACUAAGAUGGUGAACAUGGCAGUGGCAGAUCUAGAGAAAUACAUACAUAUCUAUAUAUGCUAUAAAUGGAUUUAAUCUCAAACAAUCACAUAUAUUAACAUUUAUUUGGAAAAGCCCACCAGAUGAAUAUAUUUCAACUCAAAAACAUUACAUUAUUGUGGCACACGUGUAAAGCAUUGAAUAGAAUACAAAAAUGUGUCAUUUUUCUUUGGGGCUUUGGUCCUCUCUUGCUGCAUACACAUGCACUCAGACAUCAGAGUUUCGCGGAUGACCAGCCACAAAUUUUCAUGUAUGCAUUUUUCUUAUAUGAAUGUUAAUUAUGUUAAACGUUGUGAGCAUGUUAGCAGGCUGACACUAGCAUCCAGCUCAAAGCACCACUGGACCCUCUGGACAGCACAGAGACACGAGCAUACUGUAGCUGUAGACUCAGUCUUGUUUUAUUUGUUCCAACUGUCCAGGGAUUAGUCUGUACCCUGAGGCUGGAACAUGGUGAUGAUCUGAGCACAUAAACAGCUCUGCUAUAAUGAGGACGUGCUAAUAGUAAUUGUUCUAACUCAUGGUGCAGUCCUGCCUGAUUCAAGGACAGUCCAAAGCGGAAACGAGUGAUUAUAUUAGAUAAUAAGAAUAUAGUUCAUAUCAGAAGAUGAAUAAUAUUGGUGAUUUAGACAGAGAGGUUUUACAUUGAGUGUAAUUGUAAUGGAUUAUAUCAAUUCAUACAGGUCAUACAAUUAUACAGUUUAUUAAAAUAUAACAAAUUCAAUCAGAACCCUACUUAAAACUUUUUCUAAAUAUGUAUGUAUGGUGGAUAAUUAUUGUAAAAAAAAAAAAAAAAAUCUAAAUCCAUCCAAUAUGUUGCCUCUCUCCCCUCUCUGGUAAAAUGCUGAUUUACUAAUGACAUCCGAUGUACAAAUGAAAGUGAAAUCCUGUUAAUUUAGUUUGAUUUUUCUGUGAAAAUAUUGCUAUUGUCUGCAUGUGUUUCUUAUAAGAGUAGUAAAAAUAUAUAUUCAUAUGAGAAUGUAGCAUUAUAACUGCAAUAAAGACACCAUAACCAAAACACAUAACUAAUGGGCUUUGUUGGUCUGAAUUAUUAACUGAAUUAAGAGAUUU